GUCACGGAUUGUCAAAUUUGAUGACGCAUCUGCAGAAAACCCAAAAAAUUUUUAUUGCUUACCUUUUUCGUGAUUUUCGUGAAUUUCCCUGAAGAAUCUUCAUUCCUCGCUGGUGGAGGAUUUUGUACAUAAAUCAAGGAUUCUGCACGCAUCUGUGAUUGUUUGGUAAAGUCAAGUGAAGUUAACGAGAAAGAUGAGUUUCUUCGGGAAGAUGUUUGGGAAGAAAGGGGAAGCAGCCCCAACAACGGGAGAGGCCAUCCAGAAGCUGCGUGAGACAGAGAAUAUGCUGAUAAAGAAGCAGGAAUUCCUAGAAUCAAAAAUUGAGGCAGAGCUGGACAUUGCAAGGAAGAAUGGAACGAAAAAUAAGAGAGUGGCCAUCCAGGCACUAAAGCGGAAGAAGAAGUACGAGAAGCAAUUGCAGCAGAUUGAUGGGACACUGUCGACGAUAGAAAUGCAAAGGGAGGCACUUGAGAGUGCGAAUACCAACACAGCGGUCCUCCAGACAAUGAAGAAUGCUGCAGAUGCCCUCAAAGCUGCCCACAAUCACAUGGAUGUCGAUCAAAUUCACGACAUGAUGGAUGAUAUUGCUGAGCAACAGAACAUUGCCACUGAGAUUUCAGACGCAAUCUCAAAUCCAGUACCAUUUGGCCAGGACGUUGACGAGGAUGAGCUGGAGAAGGAGCUUGAAGAGCUUGAACAGGAAGAACUUGACAAGGAGCUCCUGGGUGUUGGCCCAAGUGCAACAGAGCUACCAGAAGUGCCGUCCGAUGAGAUUAAGGAGAAGGCAAAGGAAAAGAAAAAAGCCACGGCAGCUGAUGCAGACGACAAAGACCUCAAAGAGCUCAUGGCAUGGGCAGAGUGAGCUCCUUCAUCUCCCGCGCUUUCCACGCGAUUCUUUUCUACCGUUACAAGAAGAAAAACAAAAUUAUCCAACAGCGCAAGAUUUUUAAUCGUGCUUAAUUAUUAAUCAACACACACCCUGAUGAAUAUUUACUUUGAAUUAGGAAAUAAAUUAACUAUAUUUUAAAUGAGAAUUCAUUUUUUUCGAGCAGAAUAAUUUGCUCCAGGAUUUAUUAAAAAUCCGGGAGCUCCUAGGGCAGACAUGGGCACAUUGCAGAAUGCUCGCAAAAUGUUUUCUUUGCAAAAUGUAAAAAACAUUUGUAAUUUUGUUGAAAAGUUUAAGGAAAUCUAAAUAAAAGCUAUUUUUUGGCUUUAAA